CAAAGACAAACUGACUAAUGGCAGACUUUGCUGUCAGAUUUUUUUUCUUUCAGAUCCUUUAUAGAAAUCCACCCCCCUGCUAAUGUAGAUCGGGUAGAAAUCCUGGAUCCCCGCUGGGAAGCCAGCAUUACGCAUGAAGCCUCAGCCGAGCACCAUGAAGGUAACCUUUGGCGCUCUGGUCAUCACUGCUGGUGUCUGCGGGAUUCUCAGCUUCGCCUUUUUGGCCACUUCUCUGGGAACCGACCACUGGUACAUCAUAGAGAUGAACCCAAAUAAUAUGACUGACUUUGAGGAUCUCAGCUCUCAUUCAGGAUUGUGGCGCAUCAACGAAGGCGGGACAACACAAGAUGACUCCAUUGAUUCAUUUUCUGCCGAUUCCUCCAAAUACAACGAGACAGAGCUGCGCAUGCUGAGCAUGCAUGGUGCCAUAGUAGUGAUGCUGCCUCUCAGCCUGGUCCUGCUGCUGGUUGGAGGCAUCUGCGGUCUGGUCAGCUCUCUGGCCCGGAGCCCAGUCCUGCUCACCGGCACAGCCUUUUACUUCUUUGUCUGCAGUCUGCUGACUCUGUGUGGUGCAAGUCUCUACAUCAUUUACUCGUACCAAGCCCUGGCAGAGACAGAGAGUCUGAUUGGACCUGAUGGUCUAGCCUCCAUCCACACCUCCUUCGGCUGGUCUUUAGGUCUGGCUUGGCUCUCCUACGGCUUGGAGCUCCUCACUGGAACUUUACUCCUCAUCGCUGCACAAAUGGCCAAGCUGCGGCAGAGAGGUCCCACUAAGGCCUGACACGUCUCUCCAUAUGGAUUUCAGUUGUGAAAAAAAUCAUUUUAAGCCAGAGUUAACUCAAAAGAAAAGCAAAGGUGUGGUAAGCUGGUGCACAAUGCACCCGUAGUGUUUUACAAGAAGAAAAAAGUGAAUGGCCUGUGAUCGAUUGUGCCCACUUGUGAUAUGUGUGUGUCAAUCAUGGUGUUUCAUUUGUGGCAAACAAGCCUACGUAUUUAAUGUAAGAUAUAGAAAGUUGCUCACUUUAAUAUCAUAUUUCACACAAACUUCAGUUUUUAUCAUUGUAUAACUCAUAUUUUUUGCUUUUAAUAUAAUAAAGAAAACUGUUUAAUGUUGUCAUACCAUGACACGGUACAAAAUUAAUAAAAUUAUUCUGAAUGUUUAUAGUUUUGCUAUAUGUAACAAUGUAAUGCCUUACUUCGGCUGUUUUAGCCCAAUCAAACACUGAACUUCAGAGGUUUGUUGUCUACUUUACUUUUGGUUCAAGUAUCCACAGUUUAACUUUCUCAUGAAUUAUUGGUUACAACCACACUCUGAUGGCAGAGGGCUUUUAAAUGAGGAAGGUAAAUAGAAAUUUAAAAACUGUGGCCAACAUUUUGCACUCAUCUUCAUUGAGUCAUUUUUUAUAGAACCCAAAUUUUCUGCAAUUACUACUAAAACUUUGGGGUAUUCUCAUACAAGGAUUGUUUACCUAUAGAAACUGAGAUUUGUUGCCACUUCUAUAGAGUAGAAGUCAAACCCAGUCAGAUUAAAUUAAAUUCAAAUUCAAAAAUACUUU